CGUUGCUUUCGAAAUUAGUUCAAUUCAAAACGUAAAGCGUUCCGAGUUGAAAGUUCCCAACGUUAAAGAAUACGAAUAGUUAAAGAAUGAGGUCGCUCGUUAUUUUGAGUAUUUUAUUAUUGAAUUUGAAUUCGAUUUUGCAGGCGUCAGCAAUGGUUAAUCCAAAUAAGAGUUUGAGUAUUCACCAAAUAGUCAUGCCAUAUGCAACAUUCUUGCCAUCACGCAGUUCGAUUAGUAAAAAGAUUCAUAUAAUCCAAGCCGACGUUCAUCCAGCAAAUAUACACAAAGUAUCAGAAGAAAUUAAAGAAUCGGCAUGGAUGGAGAGAUGUUGUGGUCUGAAUGGUGACUACAAAAUAUUGGUGAAUCAAGUCAAUAACACUGAGUUAAAAUUCAGUUUCAACUGCAUAGAUAUGUCAAAAAAGUUGUAUGAAUUUUGUUACAGUGAUCUUACUGAGACUCUUGAUUACUUAAACGAAAUGUUUGAGGACUUCGAUCGACAUGUCAGAGAACAUUUGUAUCGAUACGAUUAUGAUAUAUACGAAGAAAACAUAAAAGUACUGGUAUCAUAUGGGGAUGAAUUUAAGAAAAUCCAUGAUAGUUUAACAACUUCACAGCAUACAAAACAUUUCAUCGAGAAGAUGUGUGUAGAUAUGUUCACAAAUAUACUAUUGAUGGGAGCUUCACUUGGCCCAAAUGCCCCAAUAAAUUUUUCUGAGAUUUUUUUGAAAGAGGAAACAAACUGAUUCACACAAUAUUAUGUCUUUCCACAAUGCCGAAGGCAACAAGAUCCCGUAAUUGACAAUUUUGAUUGUCGAGUGUUGUAAAUGAAUGCACAUGUGUUUCGAAAGUUAUAAAUAAUGACAUAAGGCCAUUUUCGCAACACGUACACGCAUAAUAUCUGUUUCUCUAAUGACACAAGAAUAAAGAAUAUUACGUUUUGUAUAUCCAUUUA